CUUUCUUCACCUCACUUUAACCUACAAAGCCACGGAUGAGCUGAUGCACACGCUCAGUCGCGGACCAGUCACCACAGGUCUAGGAUCCUGCUAGUCAGCGAUGUAUCGGCCACCUGUGGUGAGGGCCAGGAAGAGAACCUGUGUGGAGCCCUGGGUUAUUGGCCUCAUCUCUUUUUUAUCCCUAAUUGCCCUGGCUGUGUGCAUUGGACUCACUGUACACUAUGUCAGAUACAAUCAAAGAAAGACCUACAAUUACUACAGCACAUUGCCAUUCACAAGUGACAAGCUAUAUUCUGAGUUUGGAAGAGAGGCUUCUAAAAAUUUCACAGAAAUGAGCCAGAGAAUUGAAACUAUGGUGAAAAAUGCAUUUUAUAAAUCUCCACUGAGGGGACAACUGGUCAAAGCUCACAUUAUCAAGUUCAGUAAAGAAUAUGAUGGAGUGUCUGCUCACAUGCUGCUGAUCUUCCGAAUUCGCUCUACUGAGGACCCUGAAUCUGUGCACCAAAUUGUUGAACAUGUUCUGCAUGAAAAGCUGAAACACGCUACAGGACCCCCCAGCGUUGAUCCCGAAUCAGUUGAAAUUAAAAAAAUCAACAAGACAGAAACAGACAACUAUCUCAAUCAUUGUUGUGGGACACGGCGUAAUAAAUCUACAGCACAGACAAGUCUCAGGAUUGUUGGUGGAACACAAGCAGAAGAGGGAGAAUGGCCAUGGCAAAGUAGCCUGCAGUGGGAUGGCUACCAUCGCUGUGGAGCAACUUUGAUCAACAGCACAUGGCUCGUGAGCGCCGCUCACUGCUUUCGAAUGCAUAAGGACCCAUCCAGUUGGACCGCUUCCUUUGGGGCAACAAUACAACCUCCAAAACUGAGGACAGGUCUCCGCAGGAUAAUUGUCCAUGAAAAAUACAAAUAUCCAUCACAUGACUAUGACAUUGCACUCGCAGAGCUUUCUAGGCCGGUCCCCUGCACAAAUGCAGUGCAUAAGAUUUGUCUCCCUGAUGCAAACCAUGAAUUCCAGCCAGGGCAGAGGAUGUUUGUGACAGGAUUUGGAGCACUGCAAAAUGAUGGUUUCACCCAGAAUCACCUUCGGCAAGUACAGGUGGACUACAUAGACACCCAAACAUGCAAUCGACCUCAAUCUUACAAUGGUGCCAUCACUCCUAGGAUGUUGUGUGCUGGCUUCUUAAAAGGAGAGAAAGACGCAUGCCAGGGUGACUCCGGAGGACCACUGGUUGCUUCAGAUGUUAGAGAUAUCUGGUACCUUGCUGGUAUAGUGAGCUGGGGAGAUGAAUGUGGCCAACCCAACAAGCCUGGUGUUUAUACUAGAGUGACUGCCUUCCGGGACUGGAUUGCUUCCAAAACUGGUAUCUAAAGCAGAAAUACCCAGUGGGAUGAAAUGGAUGUCUCUGUCUGUAGGCCGUUCUUAGAGGUUCUUAGAGUCACAAAACUGCAAAAAAGAAUUUAUAAAUUACGAGGACCUGAGCCAUCAUCCUGAACAAUCAGAAGUGUAUAUUCCUUCUCAGCCUUGCUCUUCACAUGAGCGUCUUGCUGCUACAAGAUGGACUCUGCCAACCUUCACGCUUUUAUUUUCUAUGAGUUUUCUGUUGCCAAAUUUUUGAUUUGUUGCUCCAAAGUACUCACACAUUCAAACAACUUUAAGUAACCCUUCCCUUCAUUUCAUCAGCUUCUCUCAUAUUAGUAAAUUUCUACUUUUCAAGUGCAAGAUAAAGAAUGAAAUAAAAUGGAAAAAAGCUACAUUUUAAUGUACAGAAAAGCAUUAAGGAUUUUAAAAAAUAGAAUGUAGGAAGUGAUCAAAUUUAUAAUGAAAGACGAGCAAGCAGAUGCAGCAACAGACUGGUCAAAAUUUCAUGUUGGAGAGGAAGUUGAAGAAACAGAAAAACUAUUAUAUAGUUUAAUUUUCUUCCUAAAUAGCUAACAAGAGCAAUAUGAGAAUGAUUGUUUCCUGUGACUACAAUAAUCACACAAACUCUUUGUAAUGUACUUGUCAUGAACAAAUCAAAGAAAACAAUACUUAUUUGCAAUCGAUAUGCAGAGGACGUCAAUACACAAUCAGCAAUGAAUUUACUUGCUUGACAUUACAACAUGAAAAUUCAUGAAGGAAUGAAGGAUGAGUAGAGUCUCACUAAUACAUUUACUGAACAUUAGGUUUGAAGGUAAAUGAAAACUUUAUUUCAAAGUAAGCAGGAUACCUUAUGUUGCAAAAUAGUUGUAUAGUUGAGUAGAAUUAAAAAGAUUAAGUCUAAACUAAUGACUGUGGUAGGAUUAUCCCUAACCUUUUCCAAACUUCAGCUCUUGACUGGAAUAAGGUUGAGAUGUUGGCGUGUAAUAAUAGUCACAUGAUUGUUGCUGGAACUUGGUCUCCUACUUUGAUAUUAUAGCAGACAUGCUUUCCCUGCUGUAAGUUUCAGCCUGGGCAGGAAAAGUGGGUUUGUUACAUCUGUCAGAGCUGAGAGGUCACUCAACUGGGAUGAGACCACAGGGAAGGCCUCCUAGAAGCUGCAUCUACAUUGUGCUGAAGUAGUAUCCCCUUCAACACAAGACUGAAGAGAAGAAGCCAUAUGUUUGCCUCCUUUGUGAUUUCAGUUUGAUAUGCUAUUACUGAGCCAGUAGAUAGCCUAGAUCCAAAUGAUCCAGACCAUCAUGAAAUUAGGACUGAUGACACGCUCAAUGAGAUGUUCAUGCUAACAUUUCACUAAGACAUUAAGAAGCCAUCUCCUCAUUGUAUACAGACUAUAAAAGAACAUAUAAAGAUCAAAUGGAUAACCCCUUUGAAAACUCAUGUUAUCAUGAAAAAUAUUGACUUAUUAACUCAAAUAAUAUUCACAUUAUCAACGGAUAGCAUUUAUGCACUUUUCUAAAAUAAGACGUGAAAGCUUCUUCCAGAAGACAGAUGCUUGGUUCCUAGCACUCACAUCGGACAGCUCUUAAUACAUGUAACUCCAGUUCCCAGGGUACCUAACACCUCUGGCAUCCAUGGGCAUCUACCCACAUCACCAAGACAGACAUACACACAUACAGAGAGCAGGAGAAAUAGUCCUUAGAGAAGAGAGUGCCAAUUGGUUAUCCAAAACCAAAUGGUCAGCCCUUAAAACAUACAUGAAAGUAGCAUUACACAGGAUGAGCAGGUUGUGCUUAUAUAUGUAGAAAUUAUAUAUAUAUAUAUACAUAUAUAUAUAUACAAUUGUUGAAAAAGAGACAAUGAAUUUGCAAAAGAGCAAGAAAGGAUAAAUAGGAAUGCUUGGUGGAAGGAAAGGAAAGAAAUGAUUAAAAAUAAAAUAAAAUGAAAAAAUCUUAAAAAAAAAAAGAUUUCCAAAGUAUCCUACUCUUGUGAGCCUCUAGGUGGCACCCUACAGCUGUGGGAAGUUACAGGGAAAGCCUGACUGUAAAGAGACUUGCAUUUUUCAAGAAUCAGUCAAGUAGAAGUAAAAAUUCUGUAGCUUGGUCUCAAAAACCACAAAAUAAAAUUUAUAUUUGAAAACA